UUAGGAAGAUGAUCUGAACAGAGUUCCCCCUCUCAAGGAGAAAUAUCACUUUCAGUGUCACCCCUGUAGACUCAUGGAAUGUGCAUUUAUAUAGGCCUGUGAAUUCAUAUACUUAGAGGUUGGUGUUUAACGUCUUUCUAUUGGCCUUUUUGAAUGUGUGAAGUGUGGUGAUUUGCUGUUUUUUGCCACACAAAAACCUUAUAACUAAACUAACCUAAUUAACUAUUUCAUCUUUGUGACUAAUUUUACAAUGAGUCUAAUCAAUAACCUAUGAUUAAAAACAAACCAAUUCUCCAUUUCUCCAUUCUCUCUGCAAAGUUUAAAUAAAUAAUUGCCAUUGUAAAAAUGUUUGUUUCAAAUGCUGGUUGGCUUUGGGUCAUUAUGUAGGCCUAAAUCUUCGCAAUUUAGCAAAAAGUGCACAGAAACAAAUUAGGCCUCAAAUAGGCGACCUUUACUGACCAAAUAAAAGCAACAAAAUGUGUGACAUAAUUCUGUGUAGGCUUAUCAUGUCUCAUCAGAAGUUGAAGAGGAUGAUUUCAAGGUAUUUAUCCAGGAAGAAUUUGGAUACGAGAUUGAAGGUGAUGUACUAUAAAUGUCAUUGGCUAUCAAUGAUGGACAUUUUUACUUGAAGAAAAGUUGAAACAGAUAAUACACGUUUAACUUACUAGUUUACUGCUGUCAUUACUGUUCGUACGAUUCAUUUAAAAAGUGUGUUUAUGUUUGCUAAGGAAGUGACGUUGGCAGAGACGAUCUAAUUCUGGGUUUGCCAUUGGUUAGCACAUGACCAUUCGUUAGCACGUGGGUGUGUUUUUCAAGAUACGCGGAAGAAAUACAGAGAGGUUGAUCACAGGCGGGGUACCACAUUUCUGCAUGCUGAAGUUGGAUAUUGAAAGUGUUUCGCAAAUACCUGAACAAGGUGAGACGAAGGCACAUAGAAGUCGCAGCCAUGUCCCCCGAACUGGAAAAGUGCUCCAGGAGUUUGCUUGUAUGCGAAAAGUCCAAUUUCACGAAAGAGAAAUCUCGAUAUGAUAUCCACGUGUCGAAACACUACUUCAAUUACAAGGUGUCUAUAGUAAUCCCCGAAUGUGCUUCAUUACCAGCGAGCAUUGCGGGAGUCAUCAAUAGUUUCAACUCCUAUUACCGUGUUCGUGACCUACCAAUAUAUAAACUUCUUGAGGAAGAGUUUCUUGAGAAAGUCGUGAAAAAAGGUCAAUUUUAUGCACUUUCCUACAAUACCAGAAUUGACGAGGAUAACACCAUAGCAUUUCUUCCAAGUGGGCAGUUGAUUCUGUCUGUCGAUAAGGAUACCUAUGAGCAGCUGGGUUUAGAGGGAAAACCAUCGCAGUACAAACACAGAAAGGUGCUGAGAUAUGUUGUGACUAUAGACUUGACAGACAAGUUGAUGAGUCCAGGUGCCAAGCGAUACCAGAGGCUAAUAACAAGUCUGAAAGAAUGGGUGCCAAUUAAAUGCGACUUAAUGAUUUCCAGCAAAAUGACAGCAGCUGAGGAGGAUGGUGGAGUGCUGCAGAAUCUCCUCUCCCAAUAUAGUUUUGAAGAGCAUAGGCCUACCCUGCACACACAUACCCUGAAGGAAAUGCCCUGCCCUUCUCUACACUCCACUGAUCGCCAUGGAGAUGAGAAGUCAUGUGACCCCCAUCAUUUCCUGGAGUGGCUGGGGGCAGUCAGUAUGGACAUCAGUAGUGACAACGAGGCGUCCAGCUUUCUUUCAACAUAUGUCUGCCCCGACCCUCAGAGCUUAAUGAGUCAUGGGUUGCUGUGCACAGUCACUGGGUUCCUGAUUCCUGAAGACAUAUACUCACUUCUUCUGGAGCUCAGGCGCUAUUUUGAUGAGCCAAAGUUCACCUCCUGGCUGUCCAUGACUGUGCAUGGCUUUGUGGACAGUCCAGUCUCCUGGGGAACCACAGAACAUGGGUUCCUUAAGAGUGGAGAGAAUUUCUACAACUUUGUGUGCUUCAGGAAUCAGGACUAUUGGUUGCACAUGGCCACAGGCUCCCAUGAUGGUUGCCCACCCUAGUAGCAGUGAGAGAAGGUGGACAUUUUCCUAGAAAUCUUGAAAAAGAAAUUCUGAUUGUUAACUGUAAUACGCCAGCAUUAGGUUUCCCCACAUUUCUGGCCAUUCUGUUAUAACAAUGCAUUCAUCUUGCAGUAAACCCGGUUAGAAAUAUCCGUUUGAAGUAUUUUUUUUAUAUAAAUAAAUUGACAACACAAGUAAAGAAAACAUAAGCAUAGUAUGUGAAAUAGUUUAUUUUGCAGGUUUAUAUCUUAUGAAUCUAUUAAAAAAAAUCUUUACAGAC